CAAGAACGAUUCCAAUAUAUCGUUCAUGCAAGAAUGAUCGCGAAAUUAUCGUUCUACCAAGAACGAUUCCAUUUUAUCGUUCUUACAUGAACGAUUCCGAAAUUAUCGUUCUAACAAAAACUAUUUUGGGUAUUAUCGUUCUAGCAAGAACGAUUUCGAUACCAUCGUUCUAG